AUGGGCAGCGGUAGUCACCGAGAGGUCCAUCAUCCAACGCUGUAUUAUGAGGACGGGAACGUCGUGCUCUCCGCCCAGACGCAGGACCGCGAACUCCACUACUUUCGCGUGCACCAAUCCAUCCUAUGCAGGCACUCGCCGAUCCUCGCCGACAUGUUCUCAAUCCCACCUCUCAGGGUAUCCGCCUCACGCGACACGCUCGCGGAGGUAUAUGACGGUGUGCCGCAUGUCCAGAUGCCGGACAGCGCAGAAGAUCUCGCCAGCUUCCUUCAUGUCCUCUACGACCCCCUGGGGACCGCCUACAAGCGGUUCAACCCCGACACCCCCGUGCUCGUGCAGGGCACCCUCAAGCUCGCAACAAAGUACGAGUGCGACGCCCUCCGCACGCGCAUCGUCGAGAACCUCGAGGCCGACUGGCCGCAGACCCUCGCGCAGUGGGACGCGCGCCGCGCCGAGGGCAUCCUCGCGCGCUCCGAGCACUCCCAGCAGUUCACCGGCAAGGUGAACGGCCUCUACCUCGACGACCGCCUCCCCGAGCCCGCCUCCGCCAUCCGCAUCGCGUCCGACUACCACAUCCCCAGCAUCCUCCCCGCCGCGUUCUACCAGCUCGCGCUCCUCAGCACCGACGCCGACUGGGACACCUACCGCGCGAACCCCGGCAAGCACCUGCGCUUCGGCGCGCGCACCGCGCGCUGGCGGCUGCUCGACAAGCGCGACCUCAUGCGCCUCGUCCACGGCCAGCGCCUGCUCGCGUCGUAUACGCGGGAGAUCGGGACCAUCAUCUUCGGCAAGCGCUGUCAGCGGGGCAUAAAAACGUGCGCGAAGGCCCGGGGCGAUUGCUGGAAGUACUUCCAGGAGGAUGCUCCAAAUUCCAUGGACGACCCCCUCGACAUCCUAUACGACUGCUCCCGGCUUGAUACCCUCUUCACCGAUAUUCCGUGCGCGGCAUGCGUCGCAGACAUCGCAACCAUGGCAGAAAAGAAGCGGCGAGAGCUGUGGCGGAGCCUGCCCGCAUUCUUCAAUCUUCAGUGAUGCAGAUUUUGUCGUCAGCCCCUGGGACCUGUACUACCAUACCCGCUUCGUAUUCACCCUUGUAUGUCUAGGUAUCUUCUUGCUGCCUCGUAUGAUUGUACCUGUAUCAAGUAUCACCCACUGUGUACUAGUAUGUAGGUGCUCGUCGAAAACUAACUGCUCCCCUG